GGAGAGAGAGAGACAGAGAGAGAGAGGAAUUCCCUCGCACAACAAAAAGCGGCUGCCAGGGCGUGUAUCAGCUCCUAUGGCUCCCAGAAUCCACUGCUAGAGAUGGAGCCGGUAUACCUUUCACUGAGGUGUAGGCUGAAACCCGGCGGAUGCAGGAUGUGAGGACUACCAGCUAUACAACAAGCCUUCGGCUAUAUUUGAGGAGGGACCGUCAAUUUAUUUCUGUCUGGAGGCAACAUCAGAUUUGACAUCGAGCCGAGACUUCCCUCCUCCUCCUCCUCCUCUUCCUCUUCUGCCCAAGCUGAGAGAAGCAACCUGACAGAGACGCGCCUGUGUGGACUCCAGGGGACAUUCAGGGGUCCUUAUAGUUAUUAUAGGGACACAACUUGGACACAAACUGCAAUAUGCCAUCACCGGAGUGGAGUUGAAAUGCAUGAGUCUUCUUGUGGAGGGAUUCAGUGAACUGGCCACACUUUAAAACAUGCCGGGUCAGGCCCUGUGGACACGAGGCUCCGGGGCUCACAUGGAGGACAACAACAACGCCGCCAUCCGCAUCAACGUGGGCGGCUUCAAGAAGCGCCUCCAGUCCGACACCCUCUCCCGGUUCCCCGAGACGAGGCUGGCGCGUCUCCUCCACUGCCAGUCCAAGGAGUCCAUCCUGGAGCUGUGCGACGACUACGACGACACGGACAAAGAGUUCUACUUCGACCGGAACCCGGCGCUCUUCCCUUACGUGUUGAACUUCUACAACACCGGCAGGCUGCACGUCAUGGCCGAGCUGUGCAUCUUCUCCUUCAGCCAGGAGAUCGAGUACUGGGGCAUCAACGAGUUCUUCAUCGACUCGUGCUGCAGCAGCGCCUACCACUGUAGGAAGAUAAACCAGGACCGGGUGGACUGGGACGACAACCGGAGCGACGAAGGGAGCACCACCACGUCGUCUUUUGACGAGCUGCUGGAGUUUUACAGCGACGCCACCAAGUUUGACAAGCAGCUGCUGGGGAGCGCACGGAGGCGCGUGUGGCUGAUGCUGGAUAACCCGGGUUACUCCGUGGCCUCGCGCAUCAUCAGCAUCUUCUCCAUCCUCGUGGUGCUCGGCUCCAUCGCCACCAUGUGCAUGAACAGCAUGAGCGAGUUCAGUUUGUUGGACAGCGAGGGGCAACCCACGGAGGACCCCCGGUUCGAGACCGUAGAGCACUUUGGCAUCGGCUGGUUCACCCUGGAGCUGGUGGCCAGAUUCACGGUGGCGCCGGACUUACUACACUUCUUCGAGCACCCGUUGAAUAUCAUCGAUCUAGUCUCCAUACUUCCGUUUUACCUGACGCUCCUCAUCAACCUGGUGGUGGAGAGCAGCCCGACGCUGGCCAACCUGGGCCGCGUCGCGCAGGUGUUGAGGCUGAUGCGGAUUUUCCGCAUCCUGAAGCUGGCGCGUCACUCCACGGGUCUGCGCUCCCUGGGGGCGACCCUCAGGAACAGCUACAAGGAGGUGGGUCUGCUGCUGCUCUACCUGGCCGUCGGGGUGUCCUUUUUCUCCGUCAUGGCCUACACGGUGGAGAAAGAGGACACCGAGGAUCUGUCCACCAUCCCGGCGUGCUGGUGGUGGGCCACCGUCAGCAUGACCACCGUCGGGUACGGAGAUGUGGUGCCGGUCUCCAUAGCGGGCAAGUUGACCGCCUCGGCCUGCAUCCUGGCCGGGAUCUUAGUCGUUGUGCUUCCGAUUACGCUCAUUUUCAAUAAAUUCUCGCUCUUCUACAAGAGACAAAAACAGCUGGAGGUCGCCAUGAGGAGCUGCGACUUCGACGGGGGGAUAAAAGAGGUGCCCUCGGUCAACCUGAGGAACUAUUACGCACACAAAGUCAAAUCCCUCAUGGCGAGCUUGUCCAACAUGAGCCGGAGUUCACCCAGUGAACACAGUCUGAACGAGUCAAUACACUGAAACAGGUUUCAUCAAAGGUCAGGUUGGGUGACACCAGGGCUGGACUGGGACAAAAAAUCGUCCCUGGCAUUUUGGCCCAUCACUGGUCAUUUGUGCUGUGUGUACCACGUUUAGUUGAAGGCUCUGUUUGAGGAAAUCCCUUCAAAUGUGGUUGUUUUGCAUACUCACCAGUCUUGAGACCUCAAAAAUAGGGAGGAUUUCUAACCCAAAGUGGGGGGUCUGUGGGUUUUUCCCCCAGAAAAAUUUGAGUUUCAGAGACUUUGUUUCCCGAAUUCUGGUGACUUUAAAACAAUGAAAAUAACAAAACAAUAAGCACACUGCAACAGCAUUUUUAAGUUAAACUUCUAAUUUUACCUUUAAAUCUCGGGAAAGAAAACUGAAUAAUUCACACCUCUGGCAUAAACUUUACUUGUGAAUAUCUAGCAUAAACUAAUAUUCAUCAGUUAUAAUUAUUUUUUUGCCCCUGCUGUCCCUUUUUUAGGAUUAUACAUGCUGUACAGUGCCAGAAAAAAGUUAAAAAAAAAGUUAAUUUGACAAAUUUGAGAAAUACGAAUGGUGACCCAGAGAGGAAACCAGGAGAGUGCAAUGAAAAACUCUGAUGAAAAAAAAAACGCAGCCCAAAAAGAACGUCAGCCCACCGGGAAAACGCCCGGUAUGCCAGAUGGCCAGUCCAGCCCUGGGUGACACAUUUCAUCCAAUGUGGCAGCAGGAGGAGCUGUCCAGAGUGCUGAAACCUCCUUCCACUGAUGUCCUGACCGUUUGCCUCUCUGUAGCUCAGUGCAAUAACGUGUUCAUCUAUGUGUCAGUCACAAAUGUACAGGACAAGCCUGAAUAUGAUAUUUCACUGUGCAUUAAUUUGGCCCUUUCACUAAAAAUAGGCCAAAAUGUGACCACAUGAGAUGGAAAAAGACAAGAGAAUGCUGUAGUUGUUUGCAGUCGGUGUCACACUGUAGUCCAUCCUCCUCCAGCUGUACUUGUUGUGAUCAAAUAAUGUCUGAAAGUAACUCCAGCUGUAUCUCUCUCUGUUGAAAGAGUUGUUGUUGUGUGCUAACUGUUAUGUUGCAACAAGAUUACUCCAGAUGUGUGGUUAAAAAGCAAACUGUAUUAAACAAAAAUACACAACA